AAUAUGUGUAACGAAGGCUACGGAAAGCAUACUUUAUAAACUAAAUUUAGGGACAACUGAUGUCAUGUUUGCCAAGUUUGAAUUCAAAACUCAACUUUAAAUAACAACAGCUGUUCUAUUGUAUAACGAUGUGGGUGACGGUAGCCAUUGUGGUUGUACUGAUCGCUCUGAUUUGGAGAUAUACGGGACGACCCAAGGGAUUGCCACAAGGGCCGACAUGUUACCCCAUCAUCGGAAAUGUUGGACUUGGACUCGUCAAGCCGCCAGAAGCUGUAAAAGCUCACAGAAAACUCAGAAAGAAAUAUGGUGACAUCUAUACGAUAAUGACCUUCCACAAACCGAUGAUUGCAGUCCAUGGCUAUGACAAUAUUCGAGAAUUACUUGUCAAACAUGGAGACAUAUUUUCAGACCGACCUCUAACGAUACAUCCUCACAAUGUCAGGGUGAAUGGAGUUUUCAACAAAGGGAAAUGUUUGGUGUGGUCAUCUGGUCCACUGUGGAAAGAACAGAGAACUUUUGCGCUGACAACAAUGAGGAAAUUCGGAUUCGGAAAGCGCUCUCUCCAAGGUCAAAUCAUGGAGGAGGUGGAUUGUCUUAUGGAUGAACUAGAGAAAUAUGGAAACAAACCUUUUGAUAUUCAAAACAUUUUAAAUACAUCCGUGUCUAACGUCAUUUGUUCCCUGUUGUUUGGAAACAGGUUUGAAUAUGAUGAUACAAAAUUUAAACGUUUAAUCGAUUUGCUGAACAAAUUGUUUACAACUGGAAGUGGGUCCUCGCCUGAAUUUGUUUUUCCUAUCCUUCGUCAUUUACCAAUGUCAAGAUUCGCUAAAGUGCAAAAGUUAUUUGCUGAUAUAGAUGGAUUCACAAGUGAAAUAAUUGAAGAGCAUAGGAGAAAUUUUAACGGAAACAACAUAAAUGAUUUUAUAGAUGGUUUUCUAUUACAACAAAAUGAGACAGAAGAAAAUUCAACAUUUACAGAUGAACAGCUCAAAAUAAGCGUAAGAGAAUUCUUUGCCGCUGGAACCGAGACAACAUCUACAACAUUAAGAUGGUCCCUCCUUUUCCUUAUUCAUCAUCCUGAGUGGCAACAAAAACUCCGAGAUGAUAUCGAUGCCGUUAUCGGUCAGAGUCAACCUACGAUGGAACACAAAGAACAACUGCCAUUGGUUGAAGCAUUCAUUUUGGAAGUUCAACGUCAUGCAAAUCUUUUUCCCCUUGGCCUUCCCCAUGCCCCGAAGGAAGACUUUAAUUAUAAAGGAUACCACCUUCCCAAGGGAUCAUUCAUGUUCUUUGUAUUAGAUUCUGUAAUGACGGAUCCUGAAAUCUUUCCAGAACCUACCAAAUUCAAACCAGAGCGAUUUUUGGACAAUGGGGGAACAUGUAAUGGAGAGCAGAAAGAAAAACUUAUUCCUUUUUCAACAGGACGAAGAUUAUGCCUUGGAGAUUCUCUCGCCAAAAUGGAACUCUUUCUAUUCUUGACCAGAUUUCUACAAAAGUUUAAGAUAAAACCAGAGAACCCAGAAUGUAUGCCGUCAUUGGAGGGGAAGAUGGGGAUAACCACCAUGCCAACAUCCUUUAACAUUGUGUUGAUAAAACGUUGAACCUUUGAAAACCCGUAUCCCACAUGUUCUAAAAAUUCGUAGAUAUUAUAAGAUCUUAUCUAGUAAAGGACUUAGAACUAUUGAUAAAAGUAGAAAUAGCAUAACUUCCAACGUCAAGCUCCGAUCAAAAUGUAAAAGGAAAAUGAUUUGUUACUAUAUUUUUAUUGGUUAAAAGUAUAAAUAGCAUAACUUCGAACGUCAACCUCCGAUCAAAUAUGGAAAAGGAAGCUGGUUUGUUACUACAUUUUUAUUGGUUUUGAUAUUGUAGUAUCAUAACAUGUUAGCCUUCUCUAGUGAAAGAAGUACGUUUAACAAGUAUGUUUUUGUUUCCCAAGGAUUGUAACAAAAUCAGUGAAGUAGUUUGACUUAGAUUGAAAAUAACGAUGACUGCUGCACAUUCUAUAUUUUAAUAUAUGUUUUGCAAUAUAUGUUACUAUGAAAUGGUGUUAGUUUGAAAUACCUUUUAAAAAUAUACAAUGGGUAAUUGGUAUAAACUAAAAACAACUUAACUUUAUGUAGCACUGUCUAGUAAUGAUUCAAAUAUGGAACGGAUUGGACCUCAAUUAUUUAAAUAUAGAAAGAUUAAACGAAUUAAAAGCUCUUGUAUCUUCUGUAUAGUACCUUUUGAUAGGUUCAUUGUAAUUGUUAUAUAUGUGGUUAUAAUUUUAAUAUUCAAACAAAAUAUAGUAUAUCUAUUAAUAGGCUGUAAGAACGAUAGUAAGUUUAUUGUCCCCAGAGACAGCAACUAUUUCACUAGGCAAAGUCGAGUGAAAUUGUUGUUAUCGAAGGGGACAAUUAACUUGCUAUCGUCCACUAAAUAGGCAUUUUACUAUAUCGAGGGAUGUUCUUUCCGGUAAACAAAUUAGAUUUAUCGGACUUCGACACUCGGAUACAGUGUUCCGAGUUUGAAAACGAGGGAAAUCGAAUGCCACUGAAAAAUUUUCGUAAAAUAUUUCAUUUGCAUAAUCGUAGUGUAGGUUUCAAACAAUUAUUGAACACGUUUUAAUCUUGAAUUAUCUAUUAUUUCGUAACACAAAACUACUGUGAAAAAGGGUAACGAAUAACCUUACACUUGUCAAUUAUAUUGAGUAUAUGUACCUGUUUCCUAAAUCAACUGUUUUCAAGAUAAUACCAGAGACAUGCCAAGUCAUCUACCAUGUACUUACUUUUCAAAAAUUUUUAGAACCAUUUCCUCGUAUCGUAAACACAAGGGUUCCAUAGGGGUGUACGUUGUACAUUUUGAAGAGACAUCCGUAGUUGUACAUGUGUUGAAUCAUUUUGCUUUGGGCUUCAAAAAUAAUGGUCUGCAUUUUUAAUGUAAAUUCAUUUUUCAUGCGUUGAGAUUAAAUGUUUCCAAAUUCA